UGCUGGCAUCUCACAUGGACACUAGCUUAUGUCCCAGCCACUCCAUUUCCCAUCCAGCUCCCUGCUUAUGACCUGAGAAAUCAGUAGAGGGUGGCCCAAGGCCUUGGAAACCUGAACCCAAGUAGGAGACCCAGAAGAGGUUCCUGGUUCCUGGCUUCAGCUCAGUUCAUCUCCAGCAUUGUGGCUACUGGGAGAAUAAACAAGCAGAUGGAAGAGCUUUCUGUAAAUCUGAUCUUCCUUUCCAAUAAAAAUAAAUGUUAAUGAAAUAAAAAGAGGACUAUCUUUGCUGGGGAGACUGUGUAGUCUCGGGCCUUCCAGCUUUGACCCAAGGCUUCUGCUGCCACGAUGCUCCACCAGAUACUUGGCCAGGGCAAGCAGCACCUUAGCUGGAUUCCUCUCUUCAUAUUGAUUGGAGCGGGAGGUACUAGGGCUGAACUAGAAGUCAUGUACCUAGCAUUGUUCAAUUCAGAUGUUGUCAGUUGGGACAGAAAGAAUAUCCCAGAACCCUGGAACAAACUGGGUCCCAAUAAUCAAUACAAGUUCUAAUCGGUGAAUGUGGAUUAGAGCAAAAUGAAGAACAAAUGUCCAGACUUCUAA